UUCAGUGUUUUCCGUAGUCAUCGUCGCAUAAGCGGGGCGACGGCAGAGUGGACUGCAUCUACACGAUAAAAAACAAAUAGUCUCCUGUUUAGUCGCUUGCCUGCUUACCGAGAGACAAGAUGCCGCUGGAGAACCUGGAGGAGGAGGGUCUGCCCAAGAACCCCGAUCUGAGGAUAGCUCAGCUCAAGUUUCUGCUCACAAUGGACGGCCACCGACAGGACGAGAAAGUGAAGACCGAGCUAAUGGAUGCUAUCAAAGCUAACAGCAUGGCUCCGUACUACGAGGGUCUGUGCAAGGAGCUGAAGUGGCCGCUGGACUCGGAGCUGCUGAGCAAAAUGAAAAAGGCCAACGAGGAGGAGCUGAAGCGCCUGGACGACGUGCUGGAGGAUGCCGAGAAGAACCUGGGCGAGAGCGAGAUCCGGGACGUCAUGAUGGCGAAAGCCGAGUAUUUAAUCCGAAUUGGGGAUAAGGAGGGCGCUCUAACAGCUUUCAGGAAGACGUACGACAAGACGGUGGCUCUGGGCCACAGGCUGGACAUCGUCUUCUACCUGCUGAGGAUCGGACUCUUCUACAUGGACAGCGACCUCAUCACGCGCAACUCUGAAAAAGCCAAGAGCCUGAUCGAGGAGGGCGGGGACUGGGACCGGAGGAACCGCCUGAAGGUGUACCAGGGCCUCUACUGCGUGGCCAUCAGGGACUUCAAGCAGGCUGCAGAGCUCUUCCUGGACACCGUCUCCACCUUCACCUCGUACGAGCUCAUGGACUACAAGACCUUCGUCACGUACACGGUUUACGUCUGCAUGAUCGCCCUGAAGAGGCCCGACCUCCGGGAAAAGGUGAUCAAAGGAGCGGAGAUCCUGGAGGUGCUGCACAGCCUCCCGUCCGUCCGCCAGUAUCUGUUCUCCCUCUACGAGUGCCGUUACUCCGUCUUCUUCCAGUCGCUGGCCCUGGUGGAGCAGGAGAUGAAGAAGGACUGGCUGUUUGCCCCGCACUACCGCUACUACGUGAGGGAGAUGAGGAUCCAGGCCUACAGCCAGCUGCUGGAGUCCUACCGCUCCCUCACGCUGGGAUACAUGGCCGAGGCCUUCGGAGUCAGCACCGAGUUCAUCGACCAGGAACUGUCCCGGUUCAUAGCCGCCGGACGCCUGCACUGUAAAAUUGAUAAAGUGAACGAGAUCGUGGAAACCAACAGACCUGACAGCAAAAACUGGCAGUACCAGGAAACCAUCAAAAAGGGCGACCUGCUGCUCAACAGAGUCCAGAAGCUGUCCCGGGUCAUCAACAUGUAGUCACGGCGACCAGCUUUCCUCUUUGGUUCAUCCAAACCUGUUAUUUGUCUGACAGAGUGGCUUAUAUUGUGUAUAUAAUAAAACCUGUUUACCUAAAAA